GGGAGACACCAUUUUCCUUGUCAUUGGCGGUGGAUGAACAUUUAUUGGUGAACCUACAGAAAGAUCUAUAUGAAGAAGAAAGAAGAAUUCAUAGCAGUUAUCAAGACAAAUUAACUUCAGGUACCCAAACUAACCACUGGGUCAAUGGAUGUUCUAGCUUAUUGGAAAUGAAUUGGCUGUGCAAAAUAUGUAACUUUACAUCAUCCAAACGAUUGGAUCUAUUAAAACACUACAGAUUACAACAUGGGCAGUUUAGUCGAAGCCAGUCCAUACCCUGUCUCCAUUCGAAUUGCCCAUGCACCUUUAGGACAUGGGGUGCGUUACGGACACAUUUGUCCAGAUUUCAUCCACAGAUAUCUAAUCCAGGCCAGCUCCUUUCAUUCACAUGCAUAGUGUGUAAAUCAAGCCAUUUCCACACAGAAAGGCAAUAUUUUGAGCACCUGGGUGGUCAUCUUAAAAAGCAUGAAACUGUGCCUUGUGUUUUCCGAGACUGUGAUUACAAAACAAAUGUUUACACAACCUUUCACAGUCAUAAAAGCAGGAAACACAGCCCCCAUUCAGUGGAAGAUUUUAAGACCAUUGUUUGUCAAGAACACCAAAGCCAGAUUCAUGAAGAAAGCGAUUCUCUGGAAACUGAAAACUACUGUGGCAUUGUCCUUAAGGAGGAUGAAGACUUGAGCGAAACAAUUGUCAAGAGACUGGGCUUGCUCCUUCUUAAAUUGGAGUGCAUUUUUAAUGUGUCUAAUACAUGCAUAGAUGAAGUAGUAGAGGAACUUAAUUUCCUUACAUCGUCUGCAUCUGGCCCUGUUAUAAAAAAACAUUAUACUUAACACUCUAAAGAGGCAUGGCUGCAUUUUCGAAGAUUCUGUCAUUUCAGAACUGGUUAAAGAUCUUUGCCAGCUUAACCCUUUCUGUGCUGCUUUAGGAUUGGACGGGCCUUUAAGUACACACUAUAAAAGAGAACAAUUUAUGAAGGAGCAUCUUUCACUGACUGAGCCAGUCGAGUACAUACUUGAUUGCAGCAAGAAUGCAACCUUACAGUAUGUUCCGAUUCUCCCAUUAUUGUCUCAACUUUUGAAUAAUGGACACAUUCAGGACACAAUUUUACACAACAGGAGGCCGUGCAAUGUGUCUUCAGAGUACAGGUCUUUGCAUGAUGGAUCUUUCUACAAAGAAAACUGCUUUUUAUCUGGAGAUGAACUGAAACUCCCGUUGAUUCUCUACAUCGAUGACUUCGAAAUAUGUAACCCUCUGGGGACAUCACGCAAGAAGCAUAAAGUCACUGGCGUGUACUGGGUACUUGCAGUCAUCCCUGCUACUCUUCGGUCUACACUAAGUUCCAUUUAUCUGGCCAUUCUUUGUAAGGCAGAUGAUGUCAAGCAAUAUGGAUACCCAAAAAUGUUGGAGCCACUGCUUAAAGAUUUGAAAUGCUUGGAGGAUGAUGGCAUAUUUGUACCAAGUCUGGGCAAAGUGGUGAAGGGCACUGUAUUUGCCGUAGCAGCUGAUAAUCUUGGCGCUCACUCCAUCGGUGGGUUUAUUGAAAGCUUUUCUUCCUCUCAUUAUUGUCGCUUUUGCACUGGAAAGAGUUCAGACAUCCAGGAACAUGAAGUAAGAGCAGGAAUGUUCCCUCUGCGAACUAAGUCCAGCCAUACACUCCAUGUCGAAGCAGCGUUGUUGGACACUGCAGAAGCUCAUCAUUGUGGAGUUAAAAGACAGUGUCCCAUCUCUGCCAAACUGAGUUACUUUCAUGCCACAUCAGGUUAUCCCCCUGAUGCUUUGCAUGAUUUGCUUGAAGGGAUUGUUCCUCUUGAACUUGCACAGUGUCUUGACGUGUUAAUCAAGAAGAAAUACUUCUCUCUUCUUGAACUUAACUCUUCAAUCCGUCGAUUUCCUUACAAAUGGAAUGACAAACUGAAGACAACACAUACCCCAAAGGAAAUGUCCGUCCAGUUGCGAGUCAUCAUAGAAGAAAACAAUAUCCGAAAGUUGACGCUUCCAUCAGGAAUUCCUAAUAAGGUGGAAGAUCUUGUUUCAGAAAUCAUUGAGACAUUCCAGAUACAUGGUGAAUUUGGACUACUCUAUGAGGACAAAGACUUUGGGAACCAGUUUUUCACUCUACAUUCUACUUCCGACCUGGAAGACAAGGGCACUGUGAAAUUGGUAAGAAAAGAUCCCUUGAUAACCCUUGACUUGCAUCCAGUAGAUGAAUCAGGACUGUCCUCUACACCAAGUACCUUGGAGACCCACCCUGUGGAUGAUGGUGAAGAGUACAGCUCUAUUGCAGAUGACGUUGAACCAUCAAAUUCACAAGAUACCAUUCUUCUCCCAGAGUCAUGUCGUUCUGCUCCAUGGCCAGUGCAGUUUCAAGUGCCAACAUUUUCCCGUGACAUUGAACUUAUCCUUGCAGAGGCUAACAAGUCAUAUCAUGCCUCUGGAACACAUUUCCAGGAUGCAAGUAUUAAAUCUGCAAUAAUGCAAGACUUAGCCAAAGCUGUAUUUUCUUACACGGCCUAUCCUUCAAGUAUGCAAAUAUCCUCUGUGGCUGAAGCCCUUCUUGAAAAGUUUCCAUGCCUAAAGGAGCCUGGGACCUUUGCAGGCAUGUAUGGCUGGCAGCAACGCCUAAAGUACAAGAUGCACAUUUUCUGUGCCAAGCUGAAAUCACAAAAAUAUACAUAUCCAGAAUUAGAAGUAAACACAUUGAAGAGGAAGUGA